UCACCUUUCCUACCUUCUCCAACGUCUCUCUCUGCCUUUUUUGCUUUUCCCAUUCAAUGCCCUUCACUCUCUCCACCGCUACGGCUCCACAGUACUCAUUCUGAGGCCUACUUUGGUCAAAUCAAAAGUCCUCUCAAACUGUAUCCAAGCUGUAUUUAGGUUUUGUCCUGUAGCUAUAAAAAUUGAAAAGGAAAGGAGAAACUGACUUUAACAGGGGCACUCCUCUGGAAACUUUUAAAAAAGUGCCGGCUGGCAUUGCCCUUUGUGUUCUUAAUGCAUACAAAAGUGCAAAUGGCUUUGUGAUUUUUCUGACUGGAGCGUGUUAUUUGGGGCCUCAGGUUUUUUAUAGAACCGCGUUGGAGAGUACCGUUGCCUCUCUCAAACUUCAACUGCCCCUUGCAUCUUUCUGAGCAGGUUCGAACGAGGCCCCACCGCACAGCCCACUCCUUCGAUUUAAAAUUGUGACACCAGACGGUCUAUAUAUAGAGACUCACACCCCUCUUGUCUCUACACAGACUCAAAACCACAUCAGCAGCCUCUCCUCCUGCUUCAUUUUCCUUGUCCACAACAUUUCUCUAUCUGCGUUCUAAAUAUGGUUUCUUUUAUCUCUAUACGCCAUUUUCUGCCAUUCCUCUUUGUGAUCUCUCUGUUCCAUGUGAGCUAUGCUGCGAGGAAGCUCAAUGAGCUGGUACAACAGCAGCCUCUGCUCUUGGAAUACCAUAAUGGCCCUCUCCUCUCUGGAAAAAUCUCUAUAAACCUAAUCUGGUACGGCAAAUUCAAGCCUUCCCAGCGGGCUAUCGUUUCAGAUUUCAUUACCUCCCUUUCUUCUUCUUCCCUGUCUCAGGACCAGCCUUCCGUUGCCACCUGGUGGAAAACCACAGAGAAGUACUACCACCUCACCUCCAAGAACCCAUCUUCACUCAAGCUCUCCUUGGGCGAACAAAUACUCGAUGAGACCUACUCGCUCGGGAAGUCACUCACAGGGAAGCAAAUCGUUCAGUUGGCUUCCAAGGGUGAACAAAUGAACGCCAUUAACGUGGUUUUGACCUCCUCUGAUGUGGCCGUGGAAGGGUUCUGCUCCAGCCGCUGCGGGACUCAUGGAUCUUCUUCGAGUUCCAAGAAUGUUCAAGUCAAGGGCAAGAACUACAAGUUUGCAUACGUCUGGGUUGGGAACUCUGAGACUCAGUGCCCUGGCCAAUGCGCCUGGCCCUUCCACCAGCCCAUCUACGGACCCCAGAGCCCACCGCUAGUCGCACCGAACAACGAUGUGGGUCUGGAUGGCAUAGUCAUAAACUUGGCUAGCCUCUUGGCUGGAACUGCGACCAACCCUUUUGGAAAUGGCUACUUCCAGGGUCCGGCGGAGGCGCCCCUAGAAGCUGCAUCGGCUUGCCCUGGGGUUUACGGGAAGGGGGCAUACCCUGGGUAUGCUGGGGAUUUGUUGGUGGAUUCAGUGACUGGUGCUAGCUAUAAUGCCCAUGGUGCCAACGGGAGGAAGUACUUGCUUCCUGCCUUGUAUGAUCCUUCUACAUCCUCGUGUUCUACUCUGGUCUGAAGCAGAUUAGUGUCUUGACGACAGAAACUUCGUAGAAUUUACAGGCCUUAGAAAAAUCCAGAGAGAUACUGUUAUUCAUUCAUUUAUUUGUUCUUCCCGUGGUAGUUUCAAUAAUAUCAAAGCAAAUUGGUUUGGUUUGCUUUUUUCA